AUGGCAACACAGGCCGGUUCUCCACAGGUGGAGUGCGGUGGCGGCGAGGAGAGCCACCAGCCCACCACGCACCUGCAGAGCACGGGACAGACUCAGACCCUGCUCUUCAGGUGUCUUCCAGGAGAUGGCAUCGUUGUAGCAUCCAACCGCCCGCAGCCCGCUGGGAGCGGGGCCGGGGGCUCUGCGGGGUACAGCAAGCAGCGGGAGACUCCCCGGACCCAGAACUCUGCCGACGUUCCCGAAUCGUCGUUACCCAUCCCCACGCAGGCCACACGCAGGGUGUCCGCGCCCUAUCCCGCCUUUCCCGCCGUCGCAGGCUCCACCCCGUCACCGCCCCCGGCUCCUCCUACGUCCUCCUCCUCCCUCAGAAACGCGGGCGGCAACUUGCGCCAUGGUGUGGCGCGGCCGGCGGCGGCGGCGACGACGACGGGGGGUGGCAGCAGCGGCGGCAGCAGCAGCAGCACCACCACCACCAGCGGCAGGCCCGGUGGCGGCGGCGAGCCGAGUCAAGUGGCCUUUGUCCGCUCCCCGCGGGGACCGCAGCAACAUGACUGGGGUCGGAAGAGCUGCCUGCCGAUCCCGGCGCCGCCAACAGCGGCAGGCAACUCUCCCGAAACCCCGUCGCCCCCACCUCCGGCUAUGUCUGUUCAUCUCAUCCUUCGACACAUCAAUCCUGAAACAGCCUCGAAACAGAUUUCCAAGGAUGUGGCUGAUGUUUUUAAUGCUCCCAGUGACAAUGAAGAUUUUCUGGGCUUCCAAGAUGAUGCUUCCAAACAAAGGUUAUUGCCAGAGGACAGCUGUGCUAAUUUUGAUUCCUUGGAGUCAGAAAAAAAGCAAGGGGUUCGAUUGCAACCCAGAUACUUCACUGAAGAACUGCAGAAGAUUUUCACUGAAGACACUGACUCUGAAACAGAAGUGUUUGAAGGCUUCACUUCAAGUGAGGUGGAUGUGAGCAAGAAAGGAGUUCUGGUGGUGGAGUCAGACUUGAAUGAUGAAGAACACAGUAACUUAUUGGGUAGUGAGGAAGAAGAGGAGGAAGAGGCAAAGAUGAAAGUUUCCCCUAAGAGAAGAAGCUUUGGCCUUCGUGUUGCGUUGCAGUUUCCUACCAGAAAGUCGUCUGAAAAAAAAGUGCCUGAAAAGGCUUUUUCUGACUUACCUUUAAAGGACAGUGAACCUCUCACACCUUGUUCAAAAGAAGUAAGCUGCAAGCCGUGGGACAAAUUAGAGGGCUCUGCUUCAGAGUCUGAAGAAGACAUUAACGAAACACAGGAUGAAAACUCCAGUGCUCUGCUUAAGAGAGCUAUGAACAUUCAAGAAAACAAAGCCAUGCUUGCCCAGCUGCUGGCAGAACUGAAUUCCAUACCUGACCUAUUCCCAGUGAAAACGCCAACCGCAACUCCUUCGAAGAAAAUCCCAAGGAGGACGUUUUCUGAAGGCCAGAUAACACGUCGCAUGAACCCAACCAGAAAUGCUCGCCCACCAGAAAACUUUGCCUUGGAAAAAUUUACUGUGUCAGCUGCCAAAUUUGCAGAGCACCUGCAGAGCUAUAGACAACAAAACCUCUUGAAGAGACUCAUGCGCAAAAGGAGAUCAUCAAAGUAUUCAACUCAGCGUCCAGUAGAGGAUAUUACUGAGGAGGACUUGGACAACAUUGCAAUCACUGUUAAAGACAAAAUCUACGACAAAGUUCUGGGUAGUACUUGCCACCAGUGCCGACAAAAGACAAUCGAUACAAAGACAAUCUGUCGCAAGCAGGGCUGUGGAGGAGUAAGGGGGCAGUUCUGUGGCCCAUGUCUUCGAAAUCGAUACGGAGAAGAUGUGAAAUCAGCACUGCUUGAUCCGGCCUGGAUCUGUCCUCCUUGCCGUGGGGUGUGCAACUGCAGCUACUGCCGCCGGCGGGACGGGCGCUGUGCCACAGGCAUGCUCAUCCACUUGGCCAAGUUCUACGGCUAUGACAAUGUUAAGGAGUACCUGGAAAGUUUACAAAAACAACUGGUGGAUGACAAUUGA